AUGACAAACCAGCCGACAGCCAACCAGUCCAAGAAGAACAAGGAGAAAGAGAAAGGGGAAAACCAGCAAGAUGAAAACACCGAGGUGGAAUACAAGGACGCCGGGCACUGCAGCCGCAACACCCACAACCUGCUGCUUGGACUCACUGUGUUGGGUGUUGUUAUGGGUGCCGUGUUUGGGAUGCUGCUGCGGUACAUGCAGGUGACAGACAGCAGCACCAUCACCAUGGUUUCCUUCCCUGGAGACAUCCUGAUGAGGAUGCUGAAGAUGCUCAUCCUGCCUCUCAUCAUCUCCAGCCUUAUCACAGGCCUGGCUGGUCUCGAUGCUCGCUCCAGCGGCAGGAUGGGCAGUAGGGCCAUGGUGUACUACAUGUCCACCACCGUGAUCGCGGCCAUCCUCGGGGUCAUCCUGGUCUUGAGCAUCCACCCUGGGAACCCCAAACUGAGGGGCCGCAGUGCAGUCAUGUCAGCGCCCAGGAGCCAGGAGGUCAGCAGUAUGGACGCCUUCCUCGACCUGAUCAGAAACCUCUUCCCCGAGAACCUGGUGCAGGCCUGCUUUCAACAGGUCCAAACGGUGCUGAAGAAGGUGCCAGUGACGCCAGCCAACCAGACAGAGCCCAUCUUAGUCAACAAGAAGAAACUCGAGUACAAAUGGGGCAUGAACGUCCUCGGCCUGAUUGGCUUCUUCAUCACCUUUGGCAUAUGCAUGGGGAAGAUGGGGGAGAGGGGGAAGGUCAUGUGUGAAUUCUUCAACAUCCUCAACGAGAUUAUCAUGACGAUGGUUUCCAUGAUCAUGUGGUACUCUCCUGUCGGCAUCGCCUCUUUGAUCGCGGGGAAGAUUGCGGCCAUCGGCGACCUGGAGGUGGUGGCCCGGCAGCUGGGCAUGUACAUGGUGACCGUCAUGGUGGGCCUGAUGAUCCACGGCGGCAUCAUCCUUCCCGCCAUAUUCUUCAUUACCACCAGGAAAAGCCCCUUUACCUUCUACUCCGGGAUCUUCCAGGCCUGGAUCACGGCUUUGGGCACUGCCAGCAGUGCAGGGACGUUACCCGUCACCUUCCGCUGCCUGGAGGAGAACCUGAAGAUCGAUAAACGCGUGACUCGGUUCGUGCUGCCCAUCGGUGCCACUAUUAACAUGGACGGCACGGCCCUGUACGAGGCUGUGGCCGCCAUCUUCAUCGCCCAGAUGAACGACAUUUCCCUCGAUGCAGGACAGAUCCUUACCGUCAGUAUGACCGCCACCCUGGCCAGUGUUGGAGCAGCCAGUAUUCCCAGUGCUGGACUGGUGACCAUGCUGCUGAUCCUGACGGCCGUGGGUCUGCCCACUCAGGACAUCAGUCUGCUCAUCGCUGUCGACUGGCUGCUUGACAGAAUGCGUACCUCCAUCAACGUGGUGGGCGACUCGUUCGGCGCCGGCAUCGUGGACCACUUGUCGAAGGCCGAGCUCGCCGAGCUCGACGCGGCGGAAAUGGAGAUGCUCCCGCCAGACGGAGAGCUCGAUUUCAUUCCUCCACCCCCGAUCCUGACAGAGAUGGACCUGGUCGACCCUCUCAAGCCGCCCGAUCUGCCACCUCGCUCCCCUCGCCCGCCCAAACAGAACCACCACGGCCCCGUUCUCACCCAGUCCCACUCCAUCACGUACUCACCGGCCCGCUCCAUCCGAUCCCCUUCGCCGCGCUCCAUCCGCUCCCCCUCCCCCCGCUCCGUCUGCUCCCACUCCCCCCGGCCUUUCCACGCUCAUUCCCCGCGCCUCCUCCGCAGGACGGAGCCGGGCUACUGCGCCCUGCCCAGCCACGAUAACCAGGUGACCACGCUUCCCCGCUCCUACAGAGAGAGAGACAGGGAAACGGAGCGACUGAGGCUGGAGAGUGAGACGGAGGAGGAGGAAGAGAGGGUUCUGGGGGAAGUGAGCGACGGAGAGGAGAGCGAUGACACCGCGUACAAUCGGAGGCACGCCAUCCCGAUGGGUGACCUGCCAUGAUCGGAUCUUACCGUGUAAAAGCUCCUGCAUAGAUUUGCUUCUGCUUUGCAACAGCUGUCCCGACUUUAGUGCGCUGCUCCACCGUGUAGCCAGGCGGAGACUCCAGUAAACGCCCGCCGUGGAUUUCUGGCUCGUUACACGGCUUCUUCUUGUCUGUUUUCUCAUUUUGGUUCGCUGAUCUCAGUCGAUGAGUCCUAUUUGAUUUGAGCAUCACGGUCAACGAUACAACGACAAACGCACUCAAAACCUCAGGCUUGCAAUGAUUUUGCCGCAAAAGUGAACUUCAUGGAGCGAUGUUUUCCCAGUUUACUACACAUUCCUUUUCAUAACUCCACCACUGUCUUACUAAUAUCAUCUCAUGAUCAAAUGUAAAAAGCUCCUGUAGGCCUAAACAUCCUGUAAUCCUUUACUUAAAACUUCAUGGAGGUCUAUUAAAACAUGUAUAGUCUAUAUACUGCCACUCAGGUAGAUCUGGUGAUCUGGUGAAAAAAAAAUCAGGCGGGUGCUUUCUCUCAUUCAUAUUAUGGCUA